AUGUUGAAAACAAUUUUCGCAGCAUUCCUAAUUACAUUAAUUGCUCAAUUUGCAAUCAUCAACACUCAGGCAGCUCCUCUAUAUGGUGCAAACGUAGUAAAGUUAGAAAAAAGUGACUACUCUUACGGUGUAGGUUCUGCAGAAAAAAAAUGGUGUUUAAACCCAUUUCACACUUUAGACUGCGUCACAGCAAAAGAUCUUGCAGACGAAGCAUUAAAGAGCGCCCAAGAUAACUUUUCUAACGAUCAGCUGCAUAAUGGUCCUGGUGAUGCAUAUCGCCACUGUUACUGGAGUGGGUUGCUAACAUUUGAAUUUGGUGAAUCUGAGGCGAAAGGAUUUGGCGAUCGGCACGAAGAUUUUCCAGAAAAUCCUUCGGGUGAAAAAGCAAUGGACUUACACAACAACGGCGUAGGCCGAACGAUUGCUCAGCAACUGGAUAAGGAUGGGAAAAAAGGCAACAAAGCUGCGUUAAGUACGGCUUGUAAGCAGGCAGUCUCUGACGGGCGCUUGAUAACUAAGCCUAACUGA